AUGUCUUUGCUGCAGACCUUCCCCCUGCCCAACAAGGGCGAGACCCAGACCGACGAGCAGAAGCUCAUGUCUCUGUAUGACAAGGGCGACUUUUACUGCCUCGAGUUCCACUCUCCUCCCGACAACCGGCUGACGUGCACCUUCAUCGACGCCUUCGUGGAGGCUCUCAACUGGCUGCUUCUCAAGAAGAGCGGCGCCCCCAAGCCUCUGGUUACUACCUCGGCCAUCCCCAAGUUCUACUCCAACGGUCUUGAUCUGGAGGCGGCCAUUCGAACCCCCCAGUUCUUCCAGAGAUAUCUCGGCCGAAUGCAGCGAGCUCUGAUCGAGUUCCCCUGGCCCACCAUUGCCUACGUCAACGGCCACGCCUUUGCCGGCGGCUUCAUUCUCGCCAACUCGCAUGACUUCAAGGUGCAGAACUCCAAGAAGGGCUGGCUGUGUAUGAACGAGAUCGAGUUUGACGCUCCUCUCAUUGGCCAGCUCAUGUCCAUCCACGCCCACCAGUACGGCCCCGUUCUUGCCCGAAAGAUCACCAUGAUGGGACACAGAUUCCCCGCCGCUGAGUCGCUCAAGGACGGUCUCGUUGACGCCAUUGGAGGCUGGCCCGAGGUGGAGGAGAUCGUGCAGAAGUGCAAGAAGUACGCCGGCAAGAACUACUACAACCAGAUGCGAAUGACCAUCUUUGCUCCCGUUCUGGACCACUGCAUCAACUACUACGACGAGGAGGCCCGAGACAUUGCUCGACAGGAAGCCGCCCAGCAGUUCAUUGACGAUCGACAGGCUGAGAUCAAGGCCAAGCUUUAG